CUGAAAAUCUGUGAGUGAUCAAGACUUUAAAAACUCCACUCGAAGAGUUAUUAUUAGUUAUCUGGUGUUCACAUUGCAAUCCACGAUAUUUCUCAAAGUUGCGGAAAACAUUGAAAGGUAGUUUGCGAUACAACAUAAAUUAUCAAGAAAGAAAGUUCCACUGUUUGGGAAGCAACCUCUGACACUACUUAGCCAGGAAUUUUGGAAACAACUUCUCCACUGUUAAACAAAGAACUUCUUUGUCGUCCAGCUCAGCUCUUUCAAAAUGUCGUUGUACCCGUCGCUCGAGGAUAUGCAGGUCGAUAAGAUCCUGCAAUCGCAGAAUGCUGCCAUUUCGAACGCAGCAGCACAACAACAACAGCUGUACAAUGUGCAGCAGGACCCACCUCCGGCUUACACGGCGAAUCCGUACGCUUUACUCAAUAAUCUGUUGCCAUCUGCUGCAACCGCUCCCAGCAGCGGUAGUGACAAAGAACCAGCCAAGAAGUCGGAUUUUGUUUACCCGGAUUUGGCAGAUUAUUUGGGGCUAGAGCUGAGUCGCGAAGUAAUUGCUGCCAACAUGCCUGAAUAUCUAAAUCGGGAUGCUCGGAUGGUUGCUUAUCAACCGGAAGUGUCCCCGAUCACAACCAUCAACAAUGCCAACAUGGUGGCACCGGUCUCCGGAGGUUCGGUAGGAUUGCAGCGUGCGCAAGUGACAAACGGAAUACGCGAGCUGGUUCUGUGCAAAGAUUCGGAUAAGAAGAUCGGUCUAAGGGCGCAAGCCAUCAAUAAGGGAGUAUUUGUAUGCCUCGUGGUGAAGAACAGUCCGGCGGCAUUGGCUGGUCUUAGAUUUGGAGAUCAAAUUCUGCAGGUUAAUGGAACCCUGGUUGCCGGUUAUUCGGUGGAUGACGUUCACAAACUGCUCAAGAAGAGCGACAAGAAUAAUAUCUCCCUGGUGGUUCGUGACCGCCCAUUCGAACGUGCCGUCACUUUGCAUAAAGAUUCUUCGGGAAAUGUUGGUUUCCAGUUUAGCAAUGGCAAGAUCACUGCUAUUGUAAAAGACUCGUCUGCUGCGCGCAAUGGACUGUUGAUAGAGCAUCAGCUUCUCGAAAUAAAUGGACAGAAUGUGAUUGGGAUGAAGGAUAAGGAAAUCUUCCAGUUGAUUGCGGUUGGUGGACAGAUCAUCACCGUGACAGUAAUCCCGACUAUGAUCUACGAUGUGAUGAUGAAAAAAAUAUCCACUUCGUUCAUUAGGGGCAAAAUGGACCACUCGGUGCCCGAUUUCUAAACAGCUAGUGAUUUACAUAGAUGCCAAAAAGAAGUUAAUUUCCACUUUUAUACUAUUGCAUGAUAACAAACUAUGAAUGUUUGAUUACAAUAUUUUUGACAGAAUCUUACAUUGAAGAGUUACGCACAAAGGAUUGGUAGAAUUGCACUCAAGAAUCCAUAAAAUCGCAUAUUGUGUGGAUAACGACGAAAAUAUUCUUUACAAAAGAAAUAACCUGUUAUCCAUCGUUGCAUAUUUUAUACCUAUUAUAUGCCAUACUUAUACAAUUAUUAUAAUGCACAUUUAAUCAGU